UUACUUAUCAAAGAUAACUAGUAUACAACUCAGUACUCUUUCAACACAGUUCGGAGAAACCGGUACUGCGCUCGAUCAUCGAUUUUCGUAGACGAAGGGAUCCUCGGAGCAAUCGAUUUUGUGAGAACGCGCGAUGAUACCGCGCGACCGAGAGCUCGCAAAUAUUGUUUCGAUAACGGCGACGAAGUGAAUUGUGUGCGGCUGUGCGAGAAUGUGGGUUACGCUUAUUCGACGACCUGACUCGCCUCGACGAUGAUAUAAGAAGGAACAUGGAGGAACGAUCGAUGAUGAUGCAUCGCGACAUGCCCCUGUUGCUGAUCACGUGGCUGACGAUUUUGUCGAUCGUGAGCUGUCAGAGCGUCUGCCCUGCGAGGUGUCUAUGCCACCUCAACCAAGUACCAAGGACUAUCGAAUGCUCGAGGCAAGGAUUACAGACAUUCCCCGAAAAUAUCAGUGACAUUGUCGAGCAUCUGGAUUUGUCGAGCAAUCUUUUGACUGAGAUCACGGACAAAAUUAAUCAAUUGACUGAGCUGCAGUAUUUGAAUCUGGCUAAGAAUCAGCUCACUUCCCUGCCAAAUAAUCUUGAAGAAUUAAUAAAAUUGCGAAAACUAGAUCUAUCAGAUAACAUUAUCGCAAAUACGGCAGAUAUUGCUUCCAUUAACCAGCUACCGUCCCUGAAGAUUCUAUACAUCUCAAAGAAUCAAUUACUUGACUUAAAAGGGUUAACCAGCGAGGUACUUCAGGCAGUGGAUGCCGGCCAUUGCCUUAUAAAGGAACUCGGCAAUGCAUCUUUAAAUGGGCUUCCAAGUCUAACGACAUUGAAUCUCGUGGGAAAUCCGUUGAAGAAUAUUCAAACGCCCGCCAGUGAAACAUUGCGAUGGUUAGACAUGUCUAAUUGCGUUUUGAAUUAUUUAUAUCCAGAUACUUUGAGUAGACUUCCAGAAUUAGAAGAACUACGAUUGGUCAACAAUCCUACGUUAGUGUAUAGUACUCGACGCUCGACCUUACAACAUCCGAAGUUGAAGAGACUGGAUGUAUCGAGAUGUAAUCUCGACAGACCCGGUCUUCACGGUUUCCCGUCGUUGACGCACGUUCAUCUCUCUCACAAUGCGAUUCAUAUACUGCCGGAUCGUAUAUUCGCCAAGAACAAACAGCUGAUGCAUCUGUACCUGAAUGCGAAUAGUCUUGAGCGAUUGAACGCCAGCACUUUCGAUGGCUUAAUGAAGCUUCAGACGCUUGAUCUGUCUGCGAACAAUCUCGAGGAUAUUCCCUCGAUGACGUUCCAGGAAAACAUAGAUCUCAGACUGCUAAAUCUUUCCUACAAUUCUCUACGCCAAUUUCCGGAUUUCUUGUCUUUUGUUACGUCGCUGGAUCUGUCCUUCAAUUUGAUCAGCCACUUCAACGCAAACUCUCUGGAGAACAUGCCUAGGAUUAGAAGUCUAAACUUGAGGAACAAUCAACUGCAAUUAUUGCCACGCGGUUUGAAAUCGAAAACAUUAAAAGUACUAGAUGUGCAGAGAAACAGACUCGUUGAGUUGCACAAUGACAGCUUCGCUGAAUUAUCGUCGUUGCAAAAAAUCGACUUGUCAGGAAAUCGCUUGACGGAGGCGAUGGAUCCUGAUAUAUUUGAAAAUAAUCUAGAUUUGACCGUAAUCCGUUUAGAGGAUAAUCCGUGGAGAUGCGACUGCACGCAACUCUACGAAACUUUCGAAUACUUAACAAUUCCUGUCAGCAAAACGGUGGCAUCGAGCUUGAUUUGCCAGAGUCCAGCGAACGUUUCCGGUUACUCGUGGGAAGCCGCGUGUUUCGAUGCUUGGAACACCGACAUAUAUUAUAACAAAGAUAGAACUUGGGGAAUGGUAAUGGUCAGUUUGCUUAUUCUGGUCGUUCUGUGUGGCAGUGUGGUGUCGAUUAAACACACCAUGAGAAUAAAGAGAAGAGUCCUAGAGCAGAGGCGGCAACUCGAAUUGGCAGAAGAGAGAGAAAGAUUACGACUUUUGUACGCAAGACGAAAUCAACGUUUGGAAGAAGAAAUAGAAGACGUAGAGAAUUCGGAACCCAGAAUUAAUCCUCUAGAAUUAAUCGGUCCACCCACCUACGAGGAGGCAGUCCAGAUGCCCAGAUUAGUUCAUUCCAUGGAUGCUUUGAACGAGAUCUCCGUUGAAAAUGGUAUUCUGCGUCCCAUGAGUUCCGUGGACAAUCUACGGGUGAAGAAAAGAAGAACAAGAAGAUCAAAGACGAAUCGAAAACGAACUCAGAGCGAGGACGAUCUACUGAGAAGAGAAGAACGUCGGCAGGAACGGAUCAGAAGAGAGAGGAAUAAUUCCAGCGGCAAUAUCGGUGAGACCAUGGAUCAAUCGCAAAAUACGAACCCCAGGAAUUCUAGGGUCUCGAUGACACGCAGAUCUAGGAGGCACAGCGCUGUGGAGGAGUCCUUGGAAUCCAAUAGUAGCAAGGACAGACCGAGGCCGCAAACCCCAAACACGAAAAAGAAAAGGAGAAGACAGAUGUAUCGAGAUGAACAUGUAACCGAUGAUGAGGCUUCCGACGUUCAGAUAAUGGAUUUUAACCGAUCCAUCGUCAUCAGAGAACUCCGACGCGAACCCAGAAGCGGUUAUAGAGAUUCAUUCGCACAACGCGAAUCGUAAAGUAAAUUAUUUAAAUUAUUUCAAGCGCAUACGAUUAAUUGUUUGAUACUUUUCAUAAAAAUAUAAGGAAUAAAUCGAAAGUUUUCUGCAGCAUCUUUGUUGCAUUUUGUGUAAAAACAUAGCUGUUUAAAAAGCGUAAAAUUUAUCUUUUUUGAUACAAAAAUAAUAUUAGAAAAUAAUACGAUUACACAUUUAAUACUAAAUCAGCAAAAUGAUUAUUGAUUUGAUAAAUAUCCUAUUAUUAUUCAAAGAAGAUUACAAUUGUGCAAAAAUGCAAAUUACAAAUCACAUGCACAAGAUUUGCGCUAGAGAAGGACAAAAGAACGUCUUUUCUUGAAACACUGUCUCUUCUGUCAAGUUUUUAUCUGUAAUAAAUAUCUGUCAUAUUUUUUAUAACUGUUGAAAUAGUAUCAAUCUCACAUUAUGGCUUUUUAUCAAUCUAAAAAAAUUAAAAUUCGUGGAGAUUAUAAUUGUAAAUGUCGCCUGUCAUUUUAUUAUAUCAUUUAUAAAAAUAAAAAAAGCGGAAAGAAGAAAUAAAGAGUGGACGUACUAUGCAUAAAUUUUAAAUGGUUAUAUCAUUAAACAUUUAGGAAUAUA